GGCGCACCAAGCCCCGGGCUGGCUGCGCCGCGGCCGCGGCUGCCCGGCGCACCAUGCCGCUGCCGCCGCCGCCGCCGCGGCCCCUCCUCUCCGCCUCCCGCGCGGGAGCGCGCUCCGCUCCACUCCCCGGUUGCCUCCUGCAGCAGCAGCGGCGGCGGCGGCGGCGGAGGAGCUGAGGGAGUUGCGCGGGCUCUGCCCGAUGUGGCAAGAAGCGAUGAUGAUGAGGAGGAGACGCCGCUACCUGCUGGAGCGGGCCGAUCAGGCGGGCGGCGGCGGCUGCGGGGCGAGCGGCGAGCAGUCCCGCUCCCGGGACUGGCUCUACGAGUCUUACUACUGCAUGAGCCAGCAGCACCCGCUCAUCGUGUUCCUGCUCCUCAUCGUGAUGGGCGCCUGCCUGGCCUUGCUCGCCGUCUUCUUCGCCUCCGGGCUGGAAGUUGAAGACCACGUGGCGUUUUUAAUAACUGUUCCAACGGCCCUAGCAAUAUUUUUUGCUAUAUUUAUCCUUGUCUGCAUAGAACCUGUGUUUAAGAAGCUGCUUCGUGUAUUUUCUCUGGUGGUCUGGGUAUGUCUUGUUGCCAUGGGAUAUCUCUUUAUGUGUUUCGGAGGAAUCAUCUGUCCCUGGGACCAGGUGUCAUUUUUCUUGUUCAUUAUUUUUGUGGUAUAUACCAUGCUGCCCUUCAACAUGAGAGAUGCUAUAGUUGCCAGCGUCUUGACCUCUGCAUCUCAUACGAUUGUGCUGAGCGUCUGUCUAUCAGGUACAGCUGUUGUAAAGGAGCACUUGGUUUGGCAGAUAUUGGCAAACGUCAUCAUUUUUAUCUGCGGAAACUUGGCAGGAGCAUACCACAAACACCUCAUGGAACUUGCCCUGCAGCAGACCUAUCAGGACACAUGCAACUGCAUCAAAUCCCGUAUCAAGUUAGAAUUUGAGAAGAGGCAACAGGAGCGUCUUCUACUGUCUUUACUGCCGGCUCACAUUGCCAUGGAAAUGAAAGCAGAGAUCAUUCAGAGGCUACAAGGUCCCAAGGCAGGCCAGCUGGAAAACACAAACAACUUCCACAAUUUGUAUGUUAAAAGGCACACCAAUGUAAGCAUUUUGUAUGCUGAUAUUGUGGGAUUCACUCGCCUGGCCAGUGACUGCUCACCAGGGGAAUUGGUGCACAUGCUAAAUGAGCUGUUUGGCAAAUUUGAUCAGAUUGCAAAGGAAAAUGAAUGUAUGAGAAUUAAAAUCCUAGGUGACUGCUAUUACUGUGUUUCUGGACUACCUAUAUCUCUUCAAAAUCAUGCCAAGAAUUGCGUGAAAAUGGGAUUAGACAUGUGUGAAGCCAUUAAGAAAGUGAGAGAUGCAACUGGAGUUGAUAUUAACAUGCGCGUAGGAGUGCACUCUGGGAAUGUGCUUUGUGGUGUCAUUGGACUACAGAAGUGGCAGUAUGAUGUGUGGUCACAUGAUGUUACUCUGGCAAAUCACAUGGAAGCUGGGGGAGUGCCAGGCCGUGUUCACAUCACCUCAGUCACCUUGGCACAUUUGAAUGGAGCUUACAAAGUGGAAGAUGGGGAUGGAGAUGUGAGGGACCCGUAUCUGAAAGAGCAUAAUGUUAAGACUUACUUUGUAAUCAAUCCUAAGGGAGAGAAGCGAAGCCCUCAGCAUCACAUUAGACCUCGACAUACUCUUGAUGGAGCCAAAAUGAGAGCUUCUGUCCGCAUGACCCGGUACCUGGAAUCUUGGGGAGCAGCCAAGCCAUUUGCACACUUGCACCACAGGGACAGCAUGACCACUGAAAACGGCAAGAUUAGCACAACAGAUGUUCCCAUGGGGCAGUAUCAUUUUCAGCGCUGCAGAGAGAGAACAAAAUCACAGAAAAGAAGGUUUGAGGAGGAACUGAAUGAGAGAAUGAUCCAGGCCAUUGAUGGAAUCAAUGCUCAAAAGCAGUGGCUUAAAUCUGAAGAUAUUCAAAGAAUAUCACUUCUUUUCUAUAAUAAAACCCUGGAAAAAGAAUAUCGAGCAACUACUCUGCCUGCAUUUAAGUAUUAUGUGACUUGUGCCUGUCUCAUAUUCUUCUGCAUUUUUGUUGUGCAGAUUCUGGUAUUGCCAAAAACAUCUAUUCUUGGAAUUUCAUUUGGGGCUGCAUUUCUCUUGCUUUCCUUCAUUUUGUUUAUCUGCUUUGCUGGACAGCUUUUGCAAUGUAGCAAGAAAGCAUCAGCUUCAUUGUUAUGGAUUCUGAAAUCAUCUGGAAUAAUUGCAAACCGUCCUUGGCCUCGAAUCACUCUCACACUGACAACCACUGCUAUAAUAUUAACUAUGGCUGUAUUCAACAUGUUUUUCCUGGAUAAUGCUGUAAAAGCUUUUCCCUCAGUUCUUAAUUCGUCAAAUGCAAGUUUUCCUAAUUUGAGUAAUCAGACACGGUGGUGUAUACAAAACAACUGUUUUUUCCUACCGUAUUUUAUAUACAGCUGCAUAUUAGGGCUCAUUUCCUGUUCUGUUUUCCUGAGGAUUAAUUACGAGUUAAAAAUGGUGAUAAUGUUGAUUGCAUUGGUGGGCUACAAUGUUAUCCUUCUGCACACUCAUGGGCCCAUGCUGGAUGACUACAGCAAAUUUAUGUAUGCAAUGGCACCUCUUAGAAGGCCAGGAAUACUGAAAGACCUGAAGACAAUGGGCUCAAUUUCUUUGUUUAUAUUCUUCAUCACAUUACUGGUUUUGGGCAGACAGAAUGAAUAUUACUGUAGGUUAGACUUCCUGUGGAAGAACAAGUUCAAAAAAGAGCGGGAGGAGAUUGAAACCAUGGAGAAUUUAAAUCGGGUGCUUCUGGAGAAUGUGCUUCCAGCCCAUGUAGCUGAACACUUCUUGGCAAGAAACCUGAAGAAUGAGGAUCUCUAUCAUCAGUCAUAUGACUGUGUCUGUGUCAUGUUUGCCUCUGUUCCGGAUUUCAAGGAAUUUUACACAGAAUCUGACGUAAAUAAGGAAGGCUUGGAAUGUCUCAGGCUGCUAAAUGAGAUCAUUGCUGACUUCGAUGAUUUAUUGUCAAAGCCAAAGUUCAGUGGAGUUGAAAAGAUAAAGACUAUUGGGAGUACUUACAUGGCAGCAACAGGACUGAGUGCCACACCCAACCAAGAACAGUGUCAGGAACCUGAACGACAGUACAUGCACAUAGGAACUAUGGUGGAGUUCGCAUUUGCCUUGGUGGCAAAACUGGAUGUCAUAAACAAGCAUUCAUUCAAUGACUUCAAGUUACGAGUAGGUAUCAACCAUGGACCUGUGAUAGCUGGAGUAAUUGGAGCUCAAAAACCGCAAUACGAUAUCUGGGGCAAUACAGUAAACGUGGCCAGCAGGAUGGACAGCACUGGUGUCUUAGACAAAAUACAGGUUACAGAGGAGACAAACAACGUCCUGCAGACACUGGGGUACAUGAGCACUUGCAGAGGAAUAAUAAAUGUAAAAGGAAAAGGAGAAUUGAAGACAUACUUUGUACAUACUGAAAUGACAAGAUCCCUUUCACAAGGGAACAUGGCAUCUUGAAGAUGCUUGUACGUGUCAUCAGUACCAUAUUUUCAGGAAAGUAUCACGCACUUUUUAACUGCAUUUUGGCCCUUAACAUGCGUGCUAUUUUCUGGUAUGUGGCACUUAUUUUAAUAUGGCUGCAGAAUAGUCCCAUGAGCCAUCAUUUUGCACCUUGAUAUUCCUUAUGUUCAAGGACAGUUGCGAUGUACACUAUAGGACUGGAAGAUUGUACUGCUACUUGCACUGUUAUUCAAAGACAAGAAAAGAAGGAAUAGGAAUUAAAAGGAGAUAACUCAUCCUGAAAGGACUUUAAAGAGAUGUUAGUGACAAAUGCGUGGAAAAAAAGGCAAUAAAGCUAGGGGUGCAUACUAUUUUCUGAUGCAUGGUGUUUUCUGGAAAAUACAGUCGCUCCCCAAUAGCAUCCACUAAUCUGGUAUUAAAAUAUACAGUAUUUGUAAAUAAAUUUACUCUAUCCACACAUGAUUUGGAUGUGAUCACCAGUUGCAUCUCAUAGCCAGGGACACGUUGGGUGGCUUGCUGGCAUUCUUUCUGAAGAGAGAACUAACAAUGCUGGAAUAGUUUUGUACAAACGUGUCAAAUGUUUUGAAGCUAUUGUCUUUUGUAAGGUUAAUUCAUUAAAAGUUUAUAUGUACUUUGUCUUA